CAGCUGAUGUGGGCCAAACAUGCUCAAGCUCUCUCGACCAGAUAUCAUGUAGAGCGCCCCCUCUGGGUUUGCUUGCGUUAUCUUUCAAGAUGGCGGCGCCCAGUGAGUUUUUUGCAGUCAUUGAAAUCUUGGUUUCUCCACCAUCUAAAUCUAUGGAUGUACAACUUUUGCAAGAACAGAGAACCAAGGGACCCAUUGAUGAUGCAGCAAGGUUUGACCUUUCCUUGCGGUCAACUCUUAGGAAACUUCAUCAAGUGGUUGAGAAUGACAAGAGAUGUUGCAACCUAGCCGCAACUUUAGGAGCUGUAUUCAGUGACUGGAAAUGUAGACUAAGGGCGCAGGAGGAUGUACGGUGGUUGUACGUAGAACAUUGUCUCGGUUUGCUCAAAGGCUUGAAACAUGCUGUCUGUGUCCAGAUGAAAAUUUUCCUCGAGGAGCAAACUCAAAAGCGGUGCAAUCCUCAAAAGCUUGGACCAGAUGCAGUCCCUCCACUGUCCCCUGAUACGUUCAGCAUCGGACAGCAAAAGAAUCUAACAACCCUCCUCCAGUUCAUAGUUUGCCUCGGUCUUGUGUCAAAUCUGCAGCGUGGUGUAGGAAUUCCCAUCGAGAAGCGCUCUGGAUUUGGACAGUUGCUGGCUGGGAGACAGUCAGUCCCCAGCAGUGAUAAACUGAAACAUGUUAUGAACAUACUCCUGGAGUGUGUUGAGCAGCCGUCACUAGGAGGGCUGAUCCUGACAAGACAUCUUGGGGACCUCUUGGCAGCUCUACUGCAGAUAUGUUACUCCAGUGUCUCAUCUUCCAGUCAAACCCAGAAUCAACUAAGAAAUGAAGAUCAGAAGGGGAAGGAAGUUACUCCUGGCAUUGAGGUUUCAGAUGAAGUUGCCUUAAAAUGCAGCAGUGUUGAGUCCGGUGAUGUAGACAAGUCCACAGAUAAAAAAUCGCUUGCAAAGUCUGAGAUACCAUUGUAUGACAAUCCUGGUUCAAUUGGCUUCAGGUCCACAGCUGAUUCUGAGCCUGGACGGACACUGGAAGUAGAGAAUAAUAGCUCAGGGGCAAGCUGUCUUGAUGGGAGUAACAUCUCAAGACAGGAAUCACCCACAGAUAACUCUGCAAUUGUAGAAGAUUCAGCCAGAGCAUUCAUCCAAGAUGAAGCUAUGAAUCUGGACAGAGGCCUGAAAUAUCCAGGGACAGAGACACAAACAACUCACCCCGAGGAACUUGAGUUCUUCCAAUCCCAGUUGAAGCGCCUUCUCCAGAAGGCCUUCCAGCCUAUGGUGAUCAGGGAGCUUCUCUUCCUUCAAGGGGGCCCCGGCUCUCAGAGGACUCGAGACUCUCUGAAGGGAAAUGCAAAGAGUGGAUCUAAGGGCAGACAGAAUCCCCUGCCGAGGGCACCAGCGUGGCUUAAGAAGGAAUGUGGGAGGCUAUUGUCGGAGCGUCUGAUGCAACCCAAGGGAAUUCAGUCUGCUCUUCGUGGACUACUUGAUAUCGGAGGAGGGACGACGGAAUCACCUGCUGCUUCCACACCAGACUGGAGGAAGUGUGAUGCUGUGGCACGUGUCAUUACAGACUGCCCACUGCAGGGUAACACGAUGGAGAGAUACUACCAGUUAGUCUGCCCACAGAUUCUCGAGUUGCUGCACUUCCAAGAGCAGGCACUGCUGAAGCAGGUGCUCCGUGUUACUAGCAGCUGCAUCAUUGCCAUGACAACACAGCAUCCUCAGCUGGCUAGCCUCCAUCUGAUUGACCCUUUGGUAGAGCCUCUACAAACUAUGCUGCACGAGAGGGUUGAGUCUGUGCCAGACACCGGUUCAUCCUUGCUAGUGGAGGAGGCCGCUUUGUCUCAAUGCAUUGGGGAUAUCCAUCAUGUGUUUACCAGCUCUCUCGGGUCUGGUUCCUGUCUCCUAGAGACGUUGCAGACUGUCCUGCAUCCAUUAUUUGAGCUUCUUUGCUUUGCAAAACAAGGUGUCUGCAACCUCAGGGGUGCUCUUGAAGACAUUGUUCUGACAUUCUUUCGGUACUCCGACAAGCAAGUGGCCUUGAAGUAUCUUGAGCAUGUGGCUUUCCUAGGUCAUGACGUCUCCCUCAAGAGAAUGCACAUGGGCAUCAAGUUUGCUCCCGGCUCAAACGGAGGUGCAGUAGCCAUGAUCAGACCCAAAAUCAGUACUGACGAGCUUUUUGCUGAAGGUCUGCUGUCCCAGGAACAGAGAGCAGAAACUGUGCUGGAGUUAUUGCAGAAAGUGGAGGGACUAGCCGGAGAUUUCUUCAUAAUUGUCUUGAAGGAAUUAACAUCCAUCACUUCAUCAGAGAUGACUACCCCAAGUCCUCAUCUGUCAGACCCCUCUCGUACCCUCUUGGACAUAGAAGAGGGGCAGAACUCUCAGGUUAUCCGCCUACAGCACUCCCUCCAAGUCCUGGCCGUCUUGUCCAAGCUCUGCCAAGACCUGGGGCCAGGGGUGCUUGAGAACACGGCCCAGAUGCUCGCGUUCGCCCGGGCCACGCUUGACCGCGCAGCCUCAUCCUUGGAUGUCGAGGGCCACACAUUUGACGUCUUUGAAACCGAGACUUUGACGCUGGUCUUUGGAUUGGUCUCUGCCAUACUCAGUGGAGAUCUAGAGAAAAAGGUCACAUCAGAACACAGGCAAGCCCUGAUGGACCUCCUUCCAUCACUGGAGAGAAUAUCUAAUGAACACCCCGUGGAGCCACUCCAGAGAACAGCAACUGACCUGCGCAUUGCCAUAGCAACCCACGGUGCGGUGUGGGCAGAGUCCAUGAAGGAGGCCACUGAGAAACUGAGAUCAUCAAGGACAUUUGAGGAGACUGCAACCAAUAUGUUAAAAGAGAGGAGUAAAACGGCAGAUGAAAGGCGCGAGGCGUCAUGUGGGAGAAGCAUGCAGAAUCAGCCAGAAGAUGCUGAUGUUGUUGCCAAGGCAACUGUAGAUGUUGAUGCCUACAAAGUUGCUGGUGCAUCUCAACCUGUGGACCAGCCAACACCACAUGACCCUCAAUCCUCCAAAGCAGCAACCCAACAAACCUCGUCCAACGUUCAGGGAGACGAUGACACACCCCUCAGCAAGGACUUUGACGAAGCAUUCCAAGAUCUCUUUGAUCCCCUCUUGCCCACCAGGGGCCAUGCCCUGAGAGCUCUUGGCAAACUCUUGUUGGCCGGAGACCCCAAGGCCAUACAGAAACAGGAGAUGCUGGUGGGAAUCUUUGAGGAAAAUCUCAGCCAUGAGGAUUCUUACAUCUAUCUGUCUGCCAUUCAGGCUUUGUCGUGCGUUGCCGACGUGUUCCCAGACAGGGUCAUCCCUCAUCUCUGCCAGGAGUUUGUGGCUUGUCAGCAGGAAGAUGGAAUAAAGAAGAGGCCCAGGAGGACAGUAGAAACUAGGGUGAAGCUCGGCGAGACAUUGGUGAGAGCCACAAGGAGACUUGGUGAACUGGUUCCCCGCUAUGGCAAAGUUCUUCUGGGUGCAUUUCUACAUGGUGCACAGGACACCGAUGCUGUUAUGAGAGCCAGCAGCUUGUCCAAUCUGGCCGAUGUUUGCAGACUUCUUAAGUUCGCCUUGGGUCCAAAUCUUCAUGAGGUUUUGAAUUGCUUGAUGAAAAUUCUGAGAAGCGACCCUGAGGUACAGGCCAGACGGGCAUGCAUCCUUGUCCUCACCCUCAUUCUCAGGGGUCUUGGGAAAGAUGCAGUCAAGGCUCUUGAGGACGUCAUGAGGGACAUUUACCGCAGCUUGAAGCUGACAUUGAGCGUAGAGAAAGAUGACGUCAUCCGUCUGCACUGUCAGCUAGCCCUGGAGGAGAUUGAUGUCAUUAUGAGGGAAUACCUCUUCCCAAAACAAACGCUCGUUAAGAAGAUCACUGUACUGCCUUGAUGAUGCAACACUGACAAAAGACACAGAUCUCAACUGUUCCAAUCAGUAUCCAAAAAUUUACAGCAUUUGUCUGAAAACCAACCCCUCCGGUAAAAUAAUUGCAAAAUUUCUUUUUUUUUAAUCUGGAACAAAUGGCACAUUACCACUGAUAGAGUGUUUUAUUUAUAUAGGGAUCAAUAAAUUUACUCCACCCUUUUUUAUUCAUAUUUAGGCUCAUCUUGAAAUUUAUGGACAUGCAUAACACUUGGAACAUAAGACACUGAAACUGGUUGUUUCUUUUGUUUGCCGAUUCAUUGGGGUAGCUGGAUACUGCAUGACACUGGAGGGCGCUGUUCAUGGUACAGAUGUUUUAUGUAUAGACCGAUUUGGUGACCAUAAUCAAGAGCCGUUACUGCGAUGUCCCCACGCAAGUGAACAAAGGAGAUGCACAUUGAAUGCUUUCUCAUCAGCCAAUGGGAGUGCACUGCUAAGCAAAAUGGCACACUCAUUUCUCUAUUUAUCUCACAUAAAUAAUUUUACUUCGCUGUUCACUCUUUUUAUAACAAUUCGUACAGAAACAAAAUACGAAUCAGUAAAUUAGCAAAUAAACAUUGAUCAAUCAUUAUUUUUAUAGAGAUCUCUACCUGUUAACCAAGCGUUUCCUUUCAUGGAAUAUUUUGCAUAAACUAGUCACAAAGAAAAAAACUUAGAAGAUUUCAUGUCUAGCAAAUAACAUUGCACGAAUCUCACAAAUGCUUGCCGAUUCACAAAAUUGAAUGCCAAAACACAUACCGCGGGAAUGUCAGUGCAAAUUUGAAUUUUUUUUUCGUGUUUUCCCAAAUUGAUAGCUGACUUCACUUUUUGAAUAACAAGAUUGUGCAAUUGUAUGCUCUUAAAAUGAAAUUGAAUGAUCAAUUUUGCUCUUUGCAUGGUGAUCUAGAUUGUCAAAUCUAGUUUGUGCUAACUGGACUGAAACUGUCGCUAAUUCGUGUGCAAAGAUGAUGAAUUCGGCCGGGACAACCUAUAUAUGAUAAAUAAAUUUAUUGAUUUCUUUAUUAAGCCCCCCCCCCAAGUGCUUGAUACGCCACUGCUGCUGACAGAUCCUGGACUUGUCACUCAAAGCAAGAGAUAAUUAGUGAUAGAAUGAAUAUCUGGAAAUCUAACCUCUUUAGAAAAUACACUCCUCAAAAAAAGUUCAGGACCACUUUUUAUUUUGUGUAUACUUUUUACAUAUGAGAUAUUUUCCUGCUGAAAAUUUGAAUUUGAUUUUUGAAACAUUUAAAAAAAUUUUUAUACCAAUGAGAACACCAUCUAGACAAACAAAAAAUAUAAAAAAUUUUUUGAGUAGUAGAUAUGUGCCUAUUUUGUGUGUUCAUUUGACGUACAUUAAAAUUUUCCUCACCUGGAAAGAAUCCAA